AUGGAUGAUGAAAAUUAUCUUCCUGAAUGUUCUGAAUAUACAUCACAACCGCAAUCACUAAUAAUUAUCUACGAUCCACCAGAAAUAAUGGUUGUAAGAGAUUUUUCACGUAUUCUUAUUCCUUGUGUUGAUCCUGUAGAAUAUUACAAUGAAUACUGUGAGGAUCUACUGGAAACAGAUGCAUUACUCAAUUAUUGUCUACGUCUUGGUAUACCAGUAGAUAAAAUUGCCUUUCCAACAGCAGACACACCCAUAGAAGAAUUAACAGACUAA